AAUCUGUCGUCUCUCUCUCACAGUUUCGAAAUCCUCUCGCAAUGGCUGACACUGAUACUCCUCCGCGUUUCUUUAAGGUUUUCAUCUCCCAUUUCAGCUCCAAUUCCAUGCUGAUCCCCAUUUCCUACUAUGAUGAACUUCCACCUCGUUUGCCCAAAACGGCGAUUCUCCAAGGAACUGGUGGAUGCUCAUGGAACGUGGCGAUGAAGAGGAAGCAAGAUGAGGUGUAUUUUGAACAAGGAUGGGUCAAAUUCGUUGAGGACAAUUCUCUCAGCGACGGAGACUUUCUGACCUUCGUCUAUAAUGGAGACCGCAUUUUCGAGGUCAGCAUCUAUGGCCCUGAUGGAUGUAAAGAGGUUAGAGCAGUCACUGAAGCUGACGACGACGAGGAAGAUAGCAGCAACGACACAGAUGCUAUUUCUGAAUCCGAGGUGGUCACUACAAUCCCGAGAAGCAAGAACAAAGGAAAGUCGAAAGUUGGAGUUGUGGAGGAGUCUGAUGACGACGAAGAAGACAGUAUUUAUACAGACACGGAAACAGAAACAGACACUGGUUUUCCAGGAAAGUCUAAAUUAACUGAAGAUGUGGAUGAUUCUGUAAAACUACAAAGGGAGAGAGUAAAGCCCAAGAUCAAAAAUCCAGAGGCAUAUUUGGAUAAUCCAAGGAAUAUAUAUUUUGAGACAGGCGUGAAGAAGAGGAUAUACGAGCUGUUGAUCCAUGCACAGUUAGUGAAAGACUAUUCCUUGAAGUUUGAAAAAAAUAUUUACUACAUAGACAAUCACAAAAACGGGAAGCUAGAAGCGAAAACAACAAUGUGGAAAGAUCAACGUGUGUAUAUCAAAAAAUGGCAGCGCAUAUGCAAAAGGAACAGUUUGAAGAAAGAAGAUGGCAUACUGUGUGAACUCUUUCGCAGGCAAGGUUUGGUUUAUGCAGUUAAAGUUCAUAUCAUCAGGGAAAAAGAUCUGUGAGCAAUUAUCAGUACUGAGUGAAGUGAGGACCUUGGAAAGUCGAUUUUAAGAGCUAAACAUUCACUUUCUUUUGAUUUGACAUUGUUGACUAC